UGGUUAAGAAACUUUCUCUGUCAUUUCCGGUCUGCCACUCCUGUCAGUAGACGACCUCAGAGGGAGGAGCCUAACAAAGGACGGUCCGGGAUUCUCUGCAAUGGGAGACAGCUUCCACGACCAGCUGCUGGAGGACAGCCGGUUCCUCAGAGCAGACCAAAGAUUGGAUACAGAGCUUGUAGAUAAACUCAUUCUGCAGCUGAACAGGAUAUAUCCCCAGAUCCUCUCCGACAAGGAGGCCACUAAGUUCAGAGACUUGGAUGUGCCCACCUGUGUGCGCCUUGGUGAGCUCCUAACUCACCUGCAGGAGAAAGGCGAGGAAGCCUGCAAGGAGUUUUAUCGUGCACUCCACUUGCACGUGGAAGAAGUUUAUUACAGCUUGCCCACACGCCUCCGUCUCAAAGACUCUUCAGAUCCCCUGAAAAAGAGAGCUCUUCCCGGACAGAGAUAUGACCUCAAUGAAAGAAGCCCCAUGUUCUUUCUCAGCUGUUUCAGUUUAGCGGCAGGCGUGGCCAUGUUGUAUUACUACAGCGAGUCCAAAGUGUCUGGAGGCAGCCGGGUCGUUGGUUUGGCGGCUCUCGGGCUGAGCAGGCAGGCCAGGGAGGUCCUGAUCUGGUACACUGAGGAAAGGGCCACCAAAUAGUUUUUGUUAUUAUACGUGUUGAAUACUAUUUUUGUAUAUAACUAACUAUGUUGCCUUGCUGAUCUAAAAAGGGACGAAUUGGGAUUUUCCACAAGUAUGUUUUGCCACAAAGUUGUUUUAUUUUAUUUUUUUUAAUAUGUGGGUGAAUUGAUCUAAAAGAUCCAUGAAUUGGUUAUAAUUUGGAGGAGUAAAUAUGCCUUUUUCAUUCAUAUACUUUUUUCAAUUUGUAACAACAUGAAGUUAGAUAUAACCUUCAUAGAUUGUGAUGUUACUCCGUCCUUGUUUUAUUUGAAGUCCCCAGCUGUUAUAUAAUAGAUUAUUGGUUUCUGUUUCUAAAUGUUUUGAGAGGUCCCAAUUUACUGUGGCCUCUGUGCCGCAAGCAUAAAUAACCGACUGUGCUGUUAUACAUGCAGCCUACUAUUUAUUUCUUGAAAUAUUGCUUAAUUAAAAGUAAUAUGAUAUAGCACACAAUGGGGUUUGAAACCAGCCACGUGUAGUCACAAAUAGGCCUACACAUUUAUGUGACUAACAUGUGAGGACUGUAAAAAAGAGUUAAGGGUAAAGGGAUUAGGCACGCAAUGCGCCCUUUAUCUAAAUCCAUGUCUGAUAAAUGCAAUAUAAAUUACAUUUAUUUUGUUGCAUUUUGCUGCUCUCUCCUGGCCACCAUGAGGCACUAGAUGUUCUUACAAAUCUGCGACUAUUUUGUGCAUUAAUCGUUUGGUAUUAAUCCGUAAAAAUUAGUAAGAUUAAAAUCCAAUAAAUAAAAGGUAUGAUGGCAAUCGGUUACUGCCGGGUGAAUACAUUUAAAAAGGUUUUCGGUAUGCGAUUCCACAGUAAUAUUUUGAUUGGUCGGUCGUGAGCGGUGCAUUAUGGGAGUACAAAAGAAAAACAUCGUUUUACAUUAUACAUUAUUUAGAACUAUCUAUAACUAUCAUAUAUCACUUGAACGAGUAUAAAUUAGAGUGGAACGUUGUUACUAUUUUUAUGAUCCUGUCCAAAGUUCCCGGAAGCACAACCAUAACAAGACGACGAUGACCAUUAGCCUGUGUAUAAAAUGACACGUCUGCCGUCCGAUGUUGUGUUGUAUGAAAGGAGAGAAGGUUAGCACUCCCCUUGACAAGGAUGGAAGAGGCCCUUGUGGCCUUCAACACAUAUACGGUUAAGGCAUUGCCACCUACUUCGUGGCAUCUCUGACCAAGUUUUUUAAUGACACUUCAUUUCGAUUAAAAUCAACACGGAUUAUUACAACGGCGUAUACUACAAUGGCUGGGCCUGGGAUACUCGAUCUGGAAUAUUUGAAUUGUCUUCGAUUUACUAAUUUACUUGUCUUCAAUAUGCAACGGUCUAUAUUGUUAUUUCGAUUAAGCUUUAAAUUAAUAAUACAAUAAAUAACUGCCAAACUGA